UAAACAUGGUGACAGGUAGAUGAGAGUCGCGUCAAAAUGGUCUUCGAAAGCUUGGUGGUUGACGUCCUCAACCGCUUUUUAGGGGACUACGUUGUCAACCUCGACAGCUCGCAGCUGAAACUCGGCAUCUGGGGAGGUGAUGCUGUUCUUAGAAAUCUUGAAAUUAAGGAGAAUGCCUUGAGUCAACUUGACAUUCCUUUUAAAGUCAGAGCCGGUCAUAUAGGACGGCUGGAGCUUAAGAUUCCUUGGAAGAACCUUUACACCCAGUCAGUGGAGGCGACACUGGACGGUGUCUUUCUGCUUAUAGUACCCACAGCAAGUAUAAAGUAUGAUGCAGAAAAAGAGGAAAAGCAGCUACAGGAGGCUCGUCAGAGGGAACUACAGCGAAUAGAGGAGACGAAGCUGAAGGCUGCUGAGCAAGAAAACCCCGGCCUGGAGAAACAGGACACCUUUGUAGAGAAGCUCGUCACUCAGGUCAUCAAAAACCUGCAGGUCAAAAUCUGUAACAUCCACGUACGCUAUGAAGACGAUGUCACUAAUCCAAACUGUCCUUUGUCCUUUGGAGUGUCCCUUAAAAACCUCAGCCUUCAGACAGCGGAUAAGAACUGGAAUCCCAGUCUGCUGGAUGAAAAUUCCCGGCUUUUCUUUAAGUUGGUUCAGCUCGACGACUUGUUUGCCUACUGGAAUGUCAACUCGACUCUCUUCUCUAAUCACAGUGCGGACGAGGCUUUGCGAUGUCUUCAGAGCAGCAUGGAAACCAACAGCUCUCUCUCUGUCGGCCAUGACUUCAUUUUCCGUCCAAUCUCAGCCGACGCUAAACUGCGGAUGAAUCCCCGCUCAGAUGUGGACUUCUCCUCUCCUAAAGUGGACCUCAUGGUCAAUCUGAGUGAGGUGGCCAUUGAACUGAACAGAGUCCAGUACAUUAGCAUCUUGGAGCUGCUGGGCUCAGUGGACAUGAUGUCACGCAACCUGCCGUACAGGAAGUACAGACCCGCGGUCCAAGUUCACACCAAUGCCCAUAUAUGGUGGAAGUACAUAAUCACAGGCACCCUGGAAGUGGACGUGAAGCCUCGUCUCCACAUGUGGUCAUGGGAGCAGAUUCGCUGCCACCGGCAGAUGGUGAAACGCUACAAAGAGCUCUACAAGACCAAAAUCACCAGCAAGAAACCCAGCGAGGAGCUGCUCAAGGCGCUAGAGGGGCCUGAGAAGACCUUGGAUAUUUUUAACAUCACGUUAGCCAGACAGCAGGCUGAGGUGGAGGCGAGUAAAGCAGGCUUGUGUAUCUACCGUCCGGGGUUAAAGAUGGAGGAGGAGCAGUCCCAGGGUUGGGUAAGCUGGAUGUGGAAUUGGGGAGCAGAGCCAGAAGAGGAAAGAAAAGAAGUCAAGACUGGAGGUUUUGAUGAGCUGUUAACCUCCGCUGAGAAAGCCAAACUCUACACUGCCAUCGGAUACAGCGACGCCGCCGCUGCUAAUCCCAACCUGCCAAAAAAUUUUGAAGACAUGAAGGUGAACUUCCACAUGGAGAGGCUGACCGUGUCCAUCAAAGACAAGCAAGACAAGAACGAGAUCAUCAAGCUGACUGUGGAAGAGCUCCUGUCCACACUCACACAGAGACCCGGAGCACAAGCUAUCAAAAUCACAGCUCAGCUCAGUUUGUUUGAAGUCACAGGCCUGGCCAGUAACCGACCUGCACCUACACUCCUGUCGUCCCGUAAGGCAGCCACAGGAUCGGGCACCCCGCUGCUCUGCAUCCUGUUUGAGACCAACCCGCUGGACGAGAGCGCCAACCAGCGGCUCCAUGUGGAAUCACAGCCUUUAGAAAUCAUCUAUGAUGCUAUAACGGUGAACAGCAUGUCGCUAUUCUUCAUGCCGCCUGACGACCUGCAGCUGGACGAGCUCACCAACGCCACCCUCAUGAAACUGGAGCAGUUCAGAGACCGCACAGCCACAGGUUUAAUGUACGUGAUCGAAACCCAGAAAGUUCUGGACCUGAAGGUGAACCUGAUGGCCUCGUAUGUCAUCAUUCCACAGACGGGCUUCUACAACGGCACGCAGAACAUCAUGCUGCUGGAUCUCGGUCAUUUCCAGAUGUCCAGUCAAAGCAAGAAGCACCUGCCUCAGCUGUCAGUGGGCUCCUGCAACAUUGAAGACAUCAUGUCGAGAGCGUACGACAGCUUUGAUAUCCAGCUAUGCAGCCUGCAGUUUCUUUACAGCAAACCAGAUGGUGACUGGAAAAUGGCCCGUAAGCAGAAGCGUUCACCUCUCCACAUCUUAGAGCCGGUGGAUCUUAAGGUCGUUUUCAGCAGGGCGAUGGUCGUCAAAGACUCCCGCAUGGCAAAGUAUAAGAUGUCUGGAGAGCUCCCCCUGCUGUCUCUUCGUAUUUCUGAUGUCAAACUUCGGAGUGUUCUGGAGCUGGUAGACAGUAUCCCACUGCCCGAGAGCAGACCUGCCAACAGCUCGGCUCCUUACAAGCCGAGGUCGUUCACCCCUCAGCUCACUCCCAGGAGACCUCUGAACCUGGCUGACCAGCGCUCGUCUCUCAUGUUCGAGUCAUGCGAGACCAUCAGCAUCACCUCAUUGGGCUCAGAAGAAGAUUUGUUCUAUGACGCUCCCAGCUCUCCCAUUGGUGAAAAACCCUUCUUCGCAGAUAACCCCAUGCCACUGCGCUAUGCAGACUUGCACAAAAGAAAAAGUCUGAUCAAGGAAGAUGUGAAGAAAAACAUGACUGACCUCAUCUUGACUUUUGAAAUCAGUGAGUUUUCUGUUCAGUUGUGUCGUCUGUCUGAGGAUCAGGAGGUCACGGUGCUCCACCUGGACAUAGAGGGUCUUGGCACUGAACUGAAACUGCGCACCUUUGACAUGACAUCCAACACCUACCUGCGAGAGAUCUGCCUCAAGUGCCCUGAAUACAUGGAUUCUGAAGAAAAGCAGGUUCAGCUGAUCACCACACUGGAUAACACAGAGGUGGACCUUCUUACCCUGGAGUAUAUAAAGGCUGAUAAGAACGGACCUGAGUUCAGAUCCCAACACAACAACACAGAGCAGCUUAUUAAGGUGACCUUCUCCUCCCUGGACGUACAUCUCCAUACAGAGGCUCUUCUCAACACCAUGAACUUCCUCACCAACCUCCUCCCUCCCUCCACAAAGAAAGAGGGAGGCACGGAGGAGCUGCCCACCAUCCCCGAGGAGGACGAGAGCGAGGCAGAGAAGGAGGGCGAGAAGAAGGGGGAAGCGGCUAUCACCAGGAAAAAGAGUACAAAAAGUAAAAAGUUUGCUGACGUGGUGAAUCUGCAUGUCAGAGCGGAUCUCCGCUGUCUGAAGGUUUUCAUCCGAGGACAGAAAGCCAGGAUCUCUGAGAUUAGAAUCGAAGGUCUGGUUUCUGAGGUUCUGAUGAGGAAGAAGGAGAUGGAGGUUCUGGCCAACCUGAAAAACAUUGUGAUCCUGGACUGUGACAAAGAUGCCUUUUACAAGAAGGCCGUGUCGAUAGCAGAUAAGGAAGUGUUUGCCUUCCGCAUGGUAAACUAUACAGACGCCACAGAAGGGGACGCCUACCUGGACAUGUCUAAAGUCGACACCUUCGUCACGCUGACUGUGGGAUGCAUCCAGGUCGUCUUCCUCAACAAGUUCGUCUCUUCCAUUCUGGCGUUCAUCAAUAACUUCCAGGAGGCUAAAGAUGCCCUCACCGAGGUGACGGUCCAGGCCGCAGGAAAGGCCGCGUCGGGUGUCAAGGAGCUGGCGGAGCGGAGCACGCGGAUCGCUCUAAAUGUCCACUUUAACGCGCCCGUCAUCUUCCUGCCCCAGUCCUCCACUUCCUCCAACGUCAUCGUAGCCGACCUCGGUUUGCUGUCCGUCAAGAACCAAUUUGCCAAGCAGCCUUGUAAAAGCAACACGACGAUCCCUCCUGUUGUGGAUCGAAUGGCUGUGAAGCUGACAGACCUCAAGAUGUACAGGACCACUUAUGUAAAUGAAGGUUUUCAAGGAGAGACUCAGCUGUUGAAGCCCGUCAGCCUGGACCUGGAAAUCCAGAGAAAUUUAUCAUCCAACUGGUACCACGACAUACCUGACAUAGAGAUCACUGCUCAUCUUAAACCAAUGAGUCUGAUCCUGAGCCAGGACGACAUGACGGUGGUCCUGAGGACUCUGAGUGAAAACCUGUCGGAGAAGUCGGAUGCUGUUCCAGCGCUCCCUCCUGUGCACACCACGGACCACUCCUCUGACUCUGUGUCUAACAAAGAGUCUCAGGGCUCUGGAACCACAGGACCAGCCAGCAGUAACACGGUAGUGACGGCGGCUGUCGUGGAGACUCAGAAAACCAGCAAGCUGAAGAGCACGCUCAAAUUGGACUUCAAGUUUGACUCGAUGACGCUGGUCUUGUACAGCCCCAAUGGCAAUGUGUUACAGGUGUUGGAUUCACACGAUGAGCAGCUGAAGUUGGCGGAGUUCACUCUGGGCACCAUCUCCACCUCCGUCCACAUGUUCUCCGACAGCUCCAUGAAGGCGUCAGUGCGACUGGCUGCCUGUCUUCUCGAUGAUAAGAGACCCAGGAUCAAGAUGGUCACUCCGAGGAUGAUCGCGAUGCGUCCCGGUGCCGAGCAGCACAUGAUGGUGGAGGUGAACUACCAUCAGGGCCGUGAUGGCACCACCUUGGACACAGUGGUGCAGGAUAUUUACCUGUGUGCCAGCAUGGAGUUCCUGCUCACUGUGGCAGACAUCUUCCUCAAGGCCACCCAGCAGGGUUUUGCUCAAGUGCCGCAGCCCAAGAGCAGCUCAGGAGGAGGAGAUAAAAAGAACAUUAGCACCUCCAUCGCAUCUAAAGAGUCAACUCCAGCAGCAGCUGCAACCGUGGUGUCAAAGACAGAGAUGAACGUUGUGGUGAGAAACCCGGAGAUUGUGUUUGUGGCUGACCUGACGCGUGCCGACGCCCCGGCCCUGGUGAUGACCACAGAGUGCGAACUAGUGAUGAAAAGUGAUGCAGAGGGAUCCCAGAUGACCGCUGCUAUCAAGGACCUCAAGGUGGUGGCCUGUCCCUUCUUGAGAGAGAAGCGGAAAAACAAUGUGACGACGGUGCUGCUGCCGUGUCAGGUGUUCUUCCAGAGUACACAGACCCCGACCUCCCCUCAGGCCAUGGAGGUCUCCAUCAAUGCUCUCACUCUGAAGGUGUCUCCAAUCAUCAUCAACACAGUGAUCACCAUCCAAUCAGCACUGACGCCCACAGCGGAGACCCCUGAGGAGCUGGAAAGUCCCGUUCCUGUGGACUUGUGGCAGAAACGGGGCUGGAAGGAGCUCAAACUCUGGUUCCUAGAAGAGGAGGGAGAUGAGGACACGGCAUCACUGGCCCCACUGAUACCACAGGGAGAGUCUUUACAGGUGAGCAUCAAGUCGAUAUGUCUGACUCUGGAGGCUGGAGUGGGACACCGCACGGUCCCAAUGCUUCUGGCCAAGUCCUCCUUCCAUGGAGACGUAACAAACUGGUCAACGCUCAUUAAUUUACACAGCGAGCUCAACCUGGAGGUUCAUUAUUAUAACGAGGUAAUGGGAGUGUGGGAACCGCUGCUGGAGCCAUUAGAGGAUGAGACAAGGGACGGUUUCAGACCAUGGAGACUGGAAUUAAAGAUGAAGAAGAAGCCGGUGAAGUCCACUGGAUUGUCAGAUGAGGUGGAUUACCAGAUCCCUGACUAUAAGACCGUCAUUGUCGUCAGCAGUAAAGACCAGCUCAACAUCACCCUCUCCAAAUGUGGACUGGCCAUGCUGAGUAACCUUGGCACGGCGUUUGCUGAAGCUGCCAAACAGACAGCUGACUCCUUCCAGAAAGACGAAGCUCCGUUUGUAGUGAAAAACCGCCUGGGCCUGCCAGUGUCCGUCCGCCACAGUGACAUGUUUAGUCCCAUCGGCCUGCAGAGCACCAACAGCACCGUGCAGCUUCAAGACGGGGAAACCCUCGGGAUGGACUAUUCAAGAACAGACUCGGACCAGUUCUCUGCUAUGAUCUCCCUGAGUGGAAAGGACUACUACAUACAGCCCACUCCAAUGGGCCACACCUCAGCCAGCGUGAUCCCCCUGAUCAAGGUGGGCAGAGGAAUGUACAGCGUCAUGCACAAAGAGUCAGGAGUCACUCGUUUCCUCGUCUGUCAGAUUUACUCAGUGGAGGGCAGCAAGUACAUCAAGAUCCGCUCUCCUUUCCAGAUCAUCAACCAUUUCUCAAUCCCCUUCAAAGUGUUUGAAGGAUCAACAUGUCUGGGUACAGCUCUCCCCACUGAAGAGUUCUGCGUUCCUCUGGACUCAUACCGGUCUGAGCUGAGUCUUCAGCCGAUAACGGAGGACGACGCUGACAGCAAAGAGGAAGAGUUCGAGAGCUCAGAGGGCUUCAGCUACGAGGACGUCAGCAACCAGCAGUCAGAGACACGCCUCCAGCAGACAUGCCGUCGCCGCGGAGACCAGGGUGGCGUUUUGAUUGUCAACAUUGUGCCGGUAAAAGACGCCGUGACGUUCAGAGACACCGGAGGAGUCGGGGAGAACUUCGAUGUGCCCUUUGUGCUUCACCUUUGGCCUUCUGUGCUGCUCCGUAACCUGCUGCCCUACCCCAUCUCAUACAAACUGCAGGACAGUGGGGUCUCUGCUCCUGAAGCCACCCUGGACCCGGGUCACUCUGCACAGCUUCAUACUGCAGUCAUCAACCAGUCAAGUAUGGAUCUCUGCCUGCUGAGCUACCUGGCUCAGGACUGGUGUGCUAAGUACAGUCUCCAAAGUGACCAGGAGGAGAUCACCUUCAUCGUGUUCCAGUCUCUGAGAGAGAGCGAUGAAGACGACGGGGAAGGGGAGGAGAGGAAGAGGGCUGAGCUGGAUAUAGCGGUGCAUGUUAAAUAUGACCUGGGACAAACUGUGAUCGCUAUCCACUCGCCGUACUGGAUGGUGAACAAGACGGGCAGGUUGCUGCAGUACAAGGCGGAUGAUAUCCACCGCAAACACCCGCUGGACUACGACAUGCCUCUGCUCUUCUCCUUCAAGCCCCGAUACUUCCUGAAAAAUAAUAAGGUGCGUCUUAUGAUCUCAGACAGCGAGCUCUCAGAUGAUUUCUCUCUGGACACUGUGGGCAGCCAUGGAGAUGUCAGAUGUAAAGGCCGGUACAAAGAUUACCUGGUGGGUGUGAAGAUCGACGCGAGCAGCUUCAGUUUGACUCGUAUCGUGAGCUUCGUGCCGUUUUACAUGCUGGUCAACAGAACGAAGCACAGCGUCUUCAUCUGUGAAGAAGGACAGGACAACUGGACCGAGGCUCAGCCCGAGCAGUCAGCUAUUCCCUUCUGGCCCGAGAACGACACCAAGCGGCUGAAGAUCAAAGUAGACGGGUGUUUAUUGCCUCCUCGAACGAUUGACUUCACACGGCCAGAAAACUGCCUCCUGCUGCACCUGGACAACUCUGUGGGCGGGAUCAUUGUAGAUGUGAACCUAUCAGAGCACUCGGCCACCAUCCGAUUCUCCGAGUACCACGACGGUGCAGCGCCUUUCCUCAUCAUCAACCACACGAAAGACCAGACUCUGCACUUCCAUCAGAGUGCUCGGACAGAAGACACGUGGGUGCCUGACUCGCUGCUCGACCUCUCCUUCUCGGGGGAGGAGGAAAGCUCUCAGAAGGAGGCAGAGCAGGAGGAGCUGGAGGCGGGGAAAGUGGUGCACUACACCUGGACUGAGCCCACGGGGUCCCGCGAGCUGUGCUGGAGGUGUGGUGCUUACAGCGGGAAGCUGAAGAGUGAGGAGGACACACUUCAGGACAUGAACACCGAGGGGCGACUGUUCUUGAUCUCCUUCUAUGAAGGUCUCCAGCGUGUUGUGCUGUUCACCGAGGAUCAGCACAUCUACAAGCUGCUCUGUGAGAGCGAGAAGGCGCAGCUGGCUGAACAGGAAAUCAUCUUGUCGCUCAGGAACGUCGGCGUCUCUCUGAUCAACAACAGCAGCAGCCAGGAGGUCUCCUUCAUCGGGAUCACAAGCUCCGAUGAGGUGUGGGAAUUGAAGCCGAAGAAGAAAAAUCGCUGGAAGACUCUGAGCACUAAAGAAGCCGAGCUGCUGGAGAACAAGUUUAAGGAGUACAUUGACUCUGGACCCGUGGACCACGCCAUUGUGGAACUGGAAAACAACUUCCAGGUGAUUUUCACUCCAAACGGCGUGGAUAUGCGGAUGUUGGAGCCGUGUGAGGCUCCUCUCAGGAGGCACUUCUUGCCCGGGGUAAAAGUGGAGUACAGCGUCUCAGCUCGACAGAGCGCCUACCGUGUACAGAUUCACCGUAUUCAGAUCCAGAAUCAGCUGCCAGGAGCGAUAUUCCCCUACGUGUUCUAUCCUGUAAAACUGCCAAAAUCCAUCACCAUGGACUCAGAACCCAAACCUCUAACAGACAUCAGCAUUGUAACGAGGACAGCAGGGCACUCUGACAUCUCACGCAUCAAGUACUUCAAGGUGUUGAUUCAGGAGAUGGAUCUGAAGCUGGAUCUUGGCUUCCUGUAUGCCAUCCUGGACUUGUUCACAGCUGAGUAUGCCAGCACCACCAGCUCAGAGCAGGAGGUGGAACUGUUUGAGAAGGACAUAGAGUACAUCAAAACAGAACUGAACCACGUCUCUGCUGCAGACAACUCUCCAAUCAGCCUCUAUGAGUACUUCCACAUUUCACCCAUCAAGCUUCAUCUGAGUUUCUCUUUGAGUUCUGGAGGAGAAGACGGCAUGAAGGAGAAGAGAGACAAAGAGCUCAUUCCUGUCCAGUCGCUCAACCUGCUGCUGAAGAGCAUCGGCGCCACACUCACCGAUGUGCAGGACGUCGUCUUCAAGCUGGCCUUCUUUGAGUUGACCUUCCAGUUUUGUACAACCCAGCAGCUGCAGUGGGAGGUCAUCAGGCAUUAUUCAAAGCAGGCUAUUAAACAGAUGUAUGUUUUGGUUCUGGGCCUGGAUGUUCUUGGAAACCCUUUUGGACUGAUCAGAGGGCUGUCAGAAGGAGUGGAAGCCUUUUUCUAUGAGCCUUAUCAGGGAGCCAUCCAGGGGCCUGAGGAGUUUGUGGAGGGAAUGGCUCUGGGCGUGAAGGCUCUGGUGGGAGGAGCUGUAGGUGGUAUAGCGGGCGCAGCCUCCAGGAUCACGGGCGCCAUGGCAAAAGGCGUCGCUGCCAUAACGAUGGACGAAGAAUACCAGCAGAAGAGACGAGAGGCGAUGAACAAACAACCCAGCGGCCUGAGAGAGGGGCUGACCAGGGGAGGAAAGGGAUUAGUGUCUGGAUUUGUCAGCGGGAUAACAGGGAUUGUCACCAAACCAAUCAAAGGAGCCCAGAGGGAGGGUGCAGCUGGAUUUUUUAAAGGUUUUGGGAAAGGCUUGGUCGGUGCUGUCGCCAGACCAACGGGCGGCAUAAUCGACAUGGCCAGCAGUACUUUCCAAGGGAUCAAGAGGGCAGCGGAGACUUCACAAGACGUUGAAUCUCUUCGCCCUCCUCGCUUCAUCCACGAGGAUGGUGUCAUACGCCCAUAUAAGAAGAUGGAGGGCUUCGGCAGCCAGAUGCUCCAGAAAAUUGAGAAUGGACGUUUUGCCAAGUACAGAUACUUUGCUCACGCUAAGGUCAACGACUCGGACUUCCUCAUGAUCACAAAAAGGGGAAUAUUUUUUGUGACUAAAGGCACGUUUGGUCAACUUACCUGCGAGUGGCAGUAUCUGUUUGAAGAGUUCACCAAGGAGCCGAUGAUCGUAGAGAGCCGUCGACUACGCAUCGAAGCCAAGGAGAGAGUGAAAUCAGUCUUCCACGCCAAGGAAUUUGGAAAGAUCAUAAACUUCAAAACGUCUGAGAUUGCCACGUGGGUUCUUUCCAAACUGGAAGAAGCAAGAGAGAGUUUACCGAAGUAAUGAGCAAUCAAGACGAUUUAGAAAACACACACACACAGACACAGACACACCACCUGUGUGUGAGCCAGUGCCUUUGUUAAAACUGCAUGCUACUGUUGUUUACCUUUAAACACACAACAAACCAGUACGUUGACUGUUGGUGUGUGACGGAGGUAAAAAAAACAAAAAAAAAGCUCAGUGAGUAGUGUGUAUGUGUGCAUGCCAAGAAAAAAAAAGUGCUACAAAUGGUCAGCUGGUGACUUGCAUUCAUUUAGCUCAGAUCACACUGAACCAGACUUCACAGUCUUCACUCUGUUUGCACUCCAUCAUCUGUAUCAUUGAUUUUUAAAGACUGAUUGUAUUGACAUUAAAGCUGAAUCUUACGUUCUAAACACACCUCAUCACUCAUCUGCGUUCAGAGUCAUUUCAGUUUGCCUUUAUAAUGCCACAGUUCAGUUUGCCACACACACACACACACACACACACACACACACACACACACACACACACACACACACACACACACACACACACACACACACACACAGAAGAAGAUGUCGAAGCAUUGCUUACAACAUUGAGGCCAAAUCAAGCAUAAUUGUUGUAGCACAAUUAACAUUGUUGUACAUUUUACUGGAUUAUAUAAAAGGGACACUUAUUUAAAAUGUGAGGUGAGGCUUUAUAACACAUGUAAUUGAAACUACUGUGUCCGCUUUCUUUUACUUUCUUACUCUAUAUUCUCUUUCUUUUGUACAUUUUCUGCAAAAAUGACGACUGUUCAGUGUGUGAUUUAGAGACGCAUGUUAUUUUUAUAUUGUACUGGGUAUCAGUCUGCUGUAUAUUGAUCUAAUAAAGUAUUCUGUCUGUAUAUAUCUACCCUCACACGAUGGCCUGUAUUGAGGCAUUACAGGUUGUAAUUUUGUGAUUUUUAUGUUUUUAUACCACACAUAUGCAAUGCCAAAUAUAUUACUGAAUUAUGCAGAGAGAAUAUAUUUAAAAAGAGAGAAAUCCUAAUAAUGGUCAGCCGCUGUUUACUAUGUGGGAAUGGUUUGACAUUUGCUUUGGUUUUUCGGGUGCUACGCAGCUUAACUCGACAAAGUGUUUCUGUUUUCAUGUUUGUCAUUUAUGCUUUUAGUGGCUUCGUGUUUUUCUCCUAAUGUUUUCAAACAAGAUUUAAUAAAAUGUGUGUUUCAAG